UCAAAAUCUUAAUAACGUUAAAAAUAUAUGAUACAUCAAUGUUCAUUAUCCAAUAUAUCCGAUCCAAUCCUAAUGCAAUUAUAUCUACACAUAUAUUAUGCUUCAAAUGGUAAGUUCAUUUAUUAUUUGUAUGUUCAUGCAUUGCAUCUCAUUUGGCAAAUGCACAAAAGUAAUUCAAAGCUAUUCUUACGCAAUUACAACAGAGCUAUUUAUAAAUUUGAUAAUUAAUACUUUAGAUCUUAGAAGCUUGGUAGAAAAAUAAUAUAAUAUUCUUUCAGCAGAAAUUUUAUUGAACGAAAUUGUGCAUUUUUCUCGUCGUCAUCGCGCACUGUUUGAUCAUUCUGUUUCCAUAGAAAUCCUGUGGGACGUGGAAAAUGUCAGGAGGCGAUAGCGCCGGCAUCCGCCCAUCGUCGCUACCGAAGGUAUGCUUUCAGCUAUUAAAUCACGAAAGGUACAUGCCGGCGAUGGUACGCGAGCGGUACGAUGCCUACCUGUUCUUUUCCCCGCCUGAGAGGAGAUCGAAUGGUACCAUCGCACGCGAUCCACCACCAGGCUCCUCCGGUUACAAUGUGGAAAUGCCGAUUCGAUUUUCUUCGUCGACUUCGCCCGUCCGGGAGGAGCGUAUCAUCGAUUGGCCGGCCGGCCGACCAAGCCGCUCGUUCUUAGAGGGUGAAGUGAAGAGUCGAUGGUAGAGGGUUGCGGUAGAACGCGCCCAGAAUGUUGGCGACGAACAGUGCUUAUGGUUGCCGCGGCUACUGCCCUUUUGCAACUGGUAGUUCGACGAGCGUAGCGACUAUCGGCAACCAGGCCGCGACACGCCCGAAAUUCUUUCCAAGGACCGCUGUCAGACUGAAAACAUCGCCUGGUAUAAGUAGCUGUACAGACCCGUUGUGCGUCGCGCGGAUGAAGCGAUUGAAGAAUAGGAAAGGAAAUGGGACUUCAAAGUUGGACCUGAGCAAGAAGAAGCCGGCAGAUUACAUGGAAUUGGCAUAUAGAGAAGCUAUCUCGAAACUGAAAUAUCUGUUGGCCGAAUCGUACGCGCCGUCAAGAAUGUCUGGAACAAAGCCGCAAAGCAUUCGGAGCAUAUAUAAAAGCAGCAACCCGCGAAUUAGUGAAUCUGGAGACGAUACGGACGAUCAGAGUAUGAUCAGCGAUAGUUUUCGGAGGAAGAAUUUCGCCGGAAACGCAAUUUCAGAUUUCUCCCCGCUUUCGAAAAGUAUUCAGCCGUCGAAGGCGUACAGUAAUAUAGCAUUGUCAAGGGCCGAUCUCCAAUCCGUUCCGCCGGAGUUAACAUCUUUUAUCGAACGACAAGAGGAUUACAUCGAGCAACUGGAACGCGAGUCUCAGUACUGUAGAGACGAAUUGAUCAAUCUGCUGAGUAAAGUUCGAGAGGUUGUAGCCGAAAACGAAGCGUUGCAUACCAGGAAUCAGACUGCGUUGCCCAAAUGCGCUUUGCAGGAUCACAAUAAUCACUGCGCAGAGGCGGAUCACGAGUGUCGCAAGCAACACGCGAGCGAUCAUGCUGAUAGCUUAGAAAGUAAGCCAGAGAAGUUUUUGACAGGGCCCAGUAUAAUGUUUGAGUCGAGAAUCAGCGAGUUGGAGGCACAGUUGACGCAGGCCAAGUUGGAGUUGCGAAAAGCGCAGGAAGAGAAUCAAGCAAACUUGAAACGUUUGUCCGAGAGUAGCUCGAAUGAGAGCAAUGUCGAGUUGAAGGCCGAAUUGGACAAGGCACAGCGUGCUAAGUACGAGGCCGAGAUAAAGCUGGAGGAAGUGCAGAAGCUGUUGUCGGUCGCGAAAGACAAGGAGACCGAGGCGACGCAGAGAGCAAGGCGGUCCGUAGAUGACAGGCAACAGGUCGAGUUCGAAAGGAGCCAGAGCGACAUGGAGAUUCGGAGAUUGAAAGACGAACUGGAGAGGCAACACGAGAAGCUGCGGGAGGCGGCUCAGGAGGCAAACAGACGUAUAAACGAGGAGAGGCAGCAAGUCGAGCGUCGAUACAAUCAGCAAAUCGAGCAGCUCAGCACCGAUAUCGCGUCCCAUUGGGAGACUGCGAACAAAUCGCAACUGGAGUCCGAGAAACAGCGGCGAGAGAUAAACGAGCUCAGACGGGAGUUAUCUCAGAAACAGACAGCUAUUGAUAAUUUGAAGAAAGAGUUGCAAAAUAAGAUAUCCACUUUGCAGAGCGAUCUUAAUCAGGCGUUAAGCGAGAAAGAUGCGGCGGAACAAGAAGUCUUGACCGGCAAAUUGGCAGCCGAGCGAAGUGAGAGACAAGCUCGUCAAGAGCAGAAUAGAUUGCAGGCGGAGAUAAAUUCGUACAAACAACGUUUGGAAAGAGGGGAUGCCGAUCUGGUGCAUUGCAGAAGAGAAAAUUUGAGAUUGUCGGAACAAAUAGCGUCCUUGGAGAAAGAGAUCAGCAUGAGUAAAAUCACACACCCCGAAGAGAAGCGCAGUCAAAACGCGCCUAGAUUGGAAAACGAGAAGGACUUGACUUCCAUGAUAAUGAACAUGGAGACUAAGCAUGCUGCCACCGUGGCGGGCCUAGGAGACGCCUUGAAUAAUCAGGCCACGCUCGUCUCGAGACUGACUGCCGAAUGCCAAUCUCUCACACAACGUUUGGAAGCUAACAAUCUUAAACACAAAGAAGAAAUGGCCGACUUACAAAGCAACAUAAAACACUUAUCGAAUAAAAUACAAGGAACUCUUGGAAGUCAAGAAGGAGGAACUCUUAUGGAAACUGACGAUGGUACUGGAGCUUUUCAUUAUAACACUACGAUGGAUGCAGUAGCCUUGCCGCACGCGAACGAGCUACCGGCCGAUGCUCAAGCGUCGCAAAUGAUUAAUCAAAGAUACGACACCGUGAGCGGUCAAGUAACAGACGAGGAAUCAGCAAUGUACUCGAACGUUGCAUUGAAGAGAAACGAUCAGGGCGACUUAUCGAGCGAGCAGAUGUACGCAGAGAACAAUUCUAUACCGAAUACGAUGGAAACUAGAGAGAUGUAUCAGGAACAAACAGAUAUUCGCAAUAGUGAAGAAGAAUAUAUAGCAAACGAUCCAAAUAUGGACGCAUACAUGAUGGAGCAAGAGCAUAAUCAGUAUAGUGAAUAUAAUCCUUCGCAGUACCAGGAAGCACAAUAUGUUAAUGGCGAACAGUUUAAUCCAAUAGCGGAAGAUAAUCAGAUUAUUUCAGAUCCAACCAGAUCCAAUACUGAAACUUUGCACUAAUUUGAUAUUAAUAAUAUAUAUACGCAUAUAUAAUAUAAAUGUUCAUAUAUCAAGAGAACACGAGAAAUAUAGAAUAAUGUAUAAUCAAAGCGUAUAGUAAUUGAACUUUUGCAAUUAUUUUCAAGCUUUUCCCCUCGAAACUUACAAUGCACAUUUUUUAUAACACAUUUAAGAUUGUAAUAAUUUGUAGUAGUUUGCUCUCUUCUUGGAGAACAGCAAAUAUUGCUUAUUAGGAUUAUUUAAUUUUAACUAGUAAAUAAUUCGCUUGAAUAUUCUUAUAUUAAGACACCUCAAUAUCUCUCUCUCAGAAUAAAAAAUAAUAGAAAAUCUUCUCAUAUCACAUAUUUAUUUGAGAAAUCUUUGGUACUUAUUCUUAAGAUAUUGCAUUAGUUUUAUAACAUCGAUGCUGACGUCACUUGGCAGCGAUUUUAUACUUGGCUUACACACGGGUAUCGUUUAUUUUCGUGGAAAUCGUUAAGCGCUGCAUCAACAUCGGUAAAUUGUUACACAUUAGUGAGGCUGUGCCAAGGAAA